AUGGAUGCUUCCAACACAGGUCUGUGUGCUUUGGACACCAGCCGGCGUGAGUAUAUCCGACUGCAAUACAGUGACGAAGAAUGCGCAGAGCUCCAGAGUGGGUCGUACCAGAAUUCGAUCAACGUACGCGAAAUUCAGAGUGCUGUGCUCGCCGCACUCUUGUGGGGACCGCACUGGCAGAAUGCAUCUCCGACACAGCCCACCCACGUCCAGUUUCACAUCGACAAUAUGAGCGCUGUUUCGUGGGCGAGUCGUCGGUACAGCCGCCACCCUACGGCGCAGCUCUACAAUCGACUGAUCGCUAUGGUUGAGCUCAAGUAUGGCCUAUUCUUAACUGCCAUCCACAUUCCUGGCAAGCUUAACACAAUGACGGAUGCGGGAUCACGGGCGUGGACUGAAUCUCAUCCAUUAUGGGCAACGUGGUCUGAUCUUUCUUGUGCGUGGACGCAGCGUGUGGGAGCGAUUCUGUGCAGUCACGCCCUGGCAAGAUCGUCAAACAUGAAAUACAACGCAAACUGGAAGCAAUGGCGCCGCUUUUGUAAACUGAUGGGCUGGCACACCUGGCUACCAGACUCCGGUCGGGCAAGUUCCAACAAGCUGAUUUAUUUCGUAAUUUACCUCUGGAAAUAUGGUGGAAACAAUGCACGCCGCGGCAACCAGCACAACACGAUCCAGUCGAAGUUGUCCAGCGUCAUCUGGUAUCACCGUCGCUAUUGUGGCCUGCAGCUUCGUCGGUCGCCCCAAAUGACCAUCCUGCUCCAAGGCAUCAAGAGGAUGUCCGACCCAGUCCGCAAGAAACAACCCGUUACGCCCGCAUUCCUCCGUCUGCUGCGGCGCUCUCUCAACUUCACGCAGCCGAGGGAUCGCCUUUUGGUGGGCAGCGUCCUUAUCGGGUAUUUCUUUCUGUUGAGGAGAUCUGAAUAUCUCGCCAUCGGCAAGCGGCGAUCAUUAUAUUGUCUCCAGACCAAAGAUGUUUUCUUCGCUGACUCGAAUGGUAACCAAGUCACCGCGUCAAGCGCAAGCGCAAUCACAAUCGGCCUACGAGGAGCCAAGAACGACCAGUACGGGCGGGGAUCAUGGCGCACCAUGCACCAUCUGGCGAUCGAUCACUAUGCCCGGUCCGAGCCUUAA